UUCUGUCUACUCACUUGCAUGCAACAAUAACGAAAAAUUGCAUUAAAUGCAUUUCGCCCUAUAUUUUAUGGAGCGGAAUAAUUAACAUUGAAAUAUUCUCACACAUGUAGACCCAGUACCGGUUACUCAUAGAAAGCAAAAUAGCCACAUCACUACUAUACAUAUGUAUUUCAGUAUAAUCUUUUGGACGAUUUUCAUUUACGAAGAGAUUUGCUGAAAAUCUUUUAUACAUUUCUCGUUUGCAAAAUGUCUUUGACAUUCUCGGAUAUUUGCAACGAUCUCAAAACAUUUUUAGAAAGUAUUUGUAGAACUUGUAGCAGAAUUGAUAAUGGCGAAGGGCAAUUACAAUUUAAACGUAUAUUUGCUGUUGUAGAAGAAUCUCAGUCGCUUUUUAUCAACGAAGCUUCCGAGCACCAUGUAAGUGACGAAAUUAAAGAUGUGUAUGACGAAUUGUUGCUUUGGAAGCUGAAUAUUAAGCCAAACGAUGGGUUACCGCAGCAGAUUUGUCACGACUGUUUAGAACGUUUAAAGGGAGUAAAACAUUUUCACAAUUUAUGCAUUGACACGCAGACAUUAUUACAAUCUUACAUUAAUCAUGUGGAUACGCUGCUUGAGUCUGGUAGCUUGGGACGUUUGUCUCCUCGUGGUGAAUCCGUAAAAAGUGAAUCACGUAUUUCCCCAGGUCCAGGCUUGUUUAACCCAGAAGAUUUAGUAGAGGAGUCACCGGAAACACCUGAACGCGCUGCUUUAACACUUAAUUCUCCUCAAUUAAGCCCAAAAAGCCAAUUAAGUCCUCGUUAUAAUAAGGAAGUUGUAUAUGCGGAAAGUUCUAUGGGUACACCCCCACCACUUUUUGAUGAAUUGAAUACAGAACCAAUAGACAUGGAGACAAUGGAAUAUUUAAAAGCUGAAUCUGAUCCAGAGAUGAAAUUGAAUAGUACUCUGCAAAGUGCACCUUCAGAAGAUAUCUUGCAUCCAUUAAAUUUUAUAAGUAGCAGUGAAGAUGAAGACUCCGAAGCGGGUACCGUUACCGACACGGAAACAGAUGCAAUGUCAUAUGACUCAAAUUAUGCACCCAGACAGUCUUUGCAAUGCAAGAUUUGCAUGGCUAUUUUUCCCAAACGUGGCUUGCUAAAAGAACAUCGCUCGCGGAUGCAUCCACAAGAAAAACCAUACAUUUGUAAUAUUUGCUCUAAAGGAUUUAAAUCAAAUUUUCUAUUGUCCCAGCAUAAACACAAACACAGUCGUUUGGACUCCAUUAAGUGUGAACAAUGUAGCAAAAGUUUUCGCAGUCAACUACAUUUACAACGUCACAACAAAAACUUUCAUCUUACUUCCACUUUUACAUGCCACAUUUGCAAUGAAAAGUUCGAAAAUUAUACACAAAUGAGAUUUCAGUAUCAUGUGCGCCAACACGGUGAAAAACGUUUUCAGUGCCAAUUUUGCGAGAAGUCAUUCCAUCAGAAAAUUCAUCAAAUCAACCAUGAGCGUACACACACAAAGGAGCAGCCCUUCUGUUGUGAUGUCUGCGGAAAACGUUAUCGCCAGCAAACAGCUUGCAGGGAGCACAUGUUAACUCACACGGAUCCUACUCCUUUUAAAUGUUCAAUAUGUCAAAAAGGCUUCACUCAACGCUCAAGUUUGCGUUUACAUUUGCGCGGCCACAGCAACCAUAAUAAGAAACCGAUUUUCAAUUGCGAUUUGUGUGGACAAAGCUUUACGAAAGAAUCGCAUUUUGAAUGGCACAAAUUGAAUCAUAAAACAUAUUCUACAGAAUCAAAAAACUCAUUUGGAUUGGAAAAUCAAACGCAUAUAAACGCACAUGGAAUACCCCAUAAAAUGUUCUACUGCAAAUUUUGUGAUAAAUCGUUUCAAAAACAACAGUUACUCUUACUGCAUGAGCGGCAAUAUCAUGGAAAUAUGGUGGAAGAAGAGGGCGACUCAGAGAGCGGGCAUCUCUACCAUUCGCAUUUUAAUCUAGAUCGUGUAUUACCACACCGGACUGAAGGCAAUUUUGACAAAGAUAUAUUAUCCUUAUUCACCACAUAAACCUAACGAUAACCACUUAUAAUAUCUGUAUUAUUCAACUUGAUCUAUAAAUAAAAUUGACUUUAUCACUUACA